ACCUGAGAGAAGAAGAAGAAGAAGAAGAAGAAGAAGAAAAGAUGGCGGAAGUAUACACAACAGUCACCCUACUGCAGAAAGCAUGACUACACGACAUUGAUAUUCAGAAAUGUCUGCAGGUUGUGUGAGGUGGAUGCUGAGCCGCACAGUGAAAGCUGUGUGUGUUGGCAGCCAUGGAUACUGGACACCAGCGUCAAGAUUCACCAUACGCAGUGAGAGAUCUAACCUCAUUGCUUCCUCCUGGCGAGGGUCUCCAUUCUGCUCUGCUGUAGACGACACAGAAAAACCUCCCACGCCAAAGAAGAAGAAGCCUGGUCCUCGAGCUCACGGCACAAUCAGCUCCGUCGGCCAUGACAUCCCGCACCGUGAGAUUCAGUUGAUAAGUGAGACGGGCGAGAACUUGGGCACCAUGCACCGCGGGAGUGUGAUCAGACUCAUGGACAAGAACGGUCUCAAAUUAGUGCUGCUCAGUGAGCACCAGGAUCCUCCCGUGUACCGGCUGAUGAGCGGCAAACAGAUCCACGAAGAAAAGCUGAAACAACGGGAGAAGCAGAAAGCUAAAGCCCCCACGCAGGUGAAAGAGAUCAGCUUCCUCUCUUGCAUCUCCUCUCAUGACCUCUCCACUAAGAUGAAUCGGGUGGGGAGCUGGCUGGAGAAGAAGAACCACGUUAGAAUAACUAUGAAAGCAGGACGGAGGGGACCUUCAGACAACCUGGACAUAACUCUGGAGGAGAUAGUGGAAGGAAUGGAGAAGACGGUGGGAUAUGUUUCUAAGCCGGCACUCAUACAAGACGGCCAAGCAGCCAUGUGCAUCCUGAGGCCGCCUUCAGCAAAGGACCUGUUAAAAAAAGACAAGAACAAGACUGCAGCAGAGGUGGUGCCGCCUGGAGACAAAAGCACGACGACCAUCGAGAGCGUAGCAUCUGUUGUCAGCAGCACGGACACAACAGAAGGGUCUUUACAGCAGUGAUGUGACGGAAAUAAAACAUUCUCAUGAAAACAAAAAGCCUGUGCUCACAGUUUGGUGUGAAUCGCUUCAUCAGGAAGUGCUUGUGUUGUGUAGAGGUUUUACUAAGCUUGGUGUUAUACAUAUAAUGAUGCAUCCACGCAAAGCUAAACAGCUAAAAGAAAAUGUUGUGCAUGUGCGAGUUUUUAAAGAAUGGUGCCCCAUGUAUAAUAUCUGUACUUGAAAAUAUGACAUAGUUUUACUUACCUAAAGACUACCUUUAUUUGAUAAGUGCAGGUUACUUUUUACAGGCACAUUCUGAAAAACACAAACUGAAAUGUCCUGUUAUCCCAUAUUAAAAAAAAAAUUGUAAGAAA